AUCCCGCAAAAUGACCUGAACCUGCGACUGUGAACUGCUCGUGUAGACACAGCGGUAAAUUAUUAAUAAUGUUAAUGCUACAAUAUGGGUUUAAUUCAAACUCCUUUAUUAAAUAUUACUACAUUACUACUAGCGGUUACAGAUAUACGGUCUGCUACAGUUAAAGUGCAUUAGCGAAAUCCCUUUCAGGUCUUAAAGCUAAUCAGCUAAUGUACCUAUGCUACUUUCCACUAACAUAAACAAGCAAUGUUCCAGCAGCAAGACGAGUUAAUACCUAAAUCACUGGCUAACUUGGACCGAAUCCUUAGGAACGAUCAAAACAAUACGCGAAAAAAACGUGCAUAAUUGGUAUAACAGACUGUUAAAGGAUUAAAUUCAGGGUUGCCAAGUGUUUACCUAAACUUCCACAGAGACAAAUAAACUCACCAAUCAGCUUCCAGCACCAUUAUCAGUGCCGGUCUUAGACUUCCCAGGGCCCUAAGCAAAACUUUGUCAGUGGGGCCCUGUCAGUGCCUUAAAAAUAAAAGACCCGACCCCUUAAUCUGUUCUUUCAGAGCAGUUUCAGCUUACCUUGCUGAACAGGAAUAUGUUUAUUUCCUAUACAUUAAAACACGUAUAAGAAUGUUUCGGUUAUUGAUAUCUACCGACACUAACAGAAAAUUACAUUUCAUCAUGGGGUAUUUCUAACGAAACACAGUGGACUACUAUUGAAUCUGUUGCUCUGGACUGACUGGAGUAUUGGUUUUAAUUAAUUCACUGCAUGGUUUGUCAAGACUAAAUAAGAAUGUAAAUUUUUUUCUUUUUUUCAAACAUACCUUUAAGUUCUUGCUCUUUUCCUUCACGUUCUUGGCGCUUUUUCUUUCUUUUUUCCCGCUCCUGACGGAGAGCUUCGUUUGGAAGCCAUAACCAUAUGUCAAAACACGUCAAUGAUGCCAUUACCUGCCGCACUGAGCAUGAUGUCCGAGUCCGAAACACUAAUUAAAUAAAUACAAGCAUGUAUUUAAAAAAAAAAAAAAAAGAAAUUUCACAUGACUCCUCUUAAGCUGAAUCAGCAUUUAUAUUUGCAUUUUAUAAAAAUAUAUUUACAGACGUUAAAUAAUAGGCCUAUAAGAGAUCAAGGGGGCUUCGUGGUGGUUCAGGGUCCUACGCAACUUGUGUAGUUUGUGUAUAGGGAGGACCGGCACUGACCAUUAUAAACCGUUUUUAAAGACUAACAUCAUGACUGGCAUGGAAAAUGUAUUAUAUUUAUCUACGCUGUAUAAAAACAUUGACUUUCUCUAACUUACUAAGGUUUUAUUUAGCUCGGUGCACGACAAAGCUAAAAAUCUGUUGUAAUGUGUUGUAAUCGUAUUCGCAUAGAAUUUACGAAUAUAUUUUUUCUAGCGUCCAAAACGGCGAGAUUUUUUUUUUUUACGUGAAUGUUAAGGUGAAGAUCUGGCAACACAAGAUCGCGGUAAACUCCGGGGGGGAGGAUCUUGUUGCACACUCUCACAGCGGUGUACGCCGUCGUUGCUAAGCAACUGUUGCUGAGCUGAGCAACUGCUCUAAACGUUAGCGGCACUGGAAGUCAAACAUCGGCGUCUUUUAACGACGGCAUCGUUGAUCAAGACCAAGAGAACGGACCAAUGAGAAACGGCGUUGUUGAAGUACGCACCGUGGUCCCUGCUUGAGUAUGAAAGUUAGCUAGCGUCCGCUAAGUCACGUCUCUUGUAAAGAUGUCGUCGAAGCAGAGUAUCGGCGACGCAAAGUACAUGAACAAGAGAAUUCCCCAGAACCCCAAAUAUCAACAUGUAAAAUCCAGACUAGAUACAGGUUUCAGCCUGUCAAAGCACAUGGAAAGGCUGGAGGAGCUCAAGAAAAAUUACAGAUAUAAAAAAGGCGAGAUUUUUAAGAGGCUCAAAGUGACGACGUUUGCUCAGCUGGUGCUACAAGUGGCUUCAGUGUCUGACCUGAACGAGAGCAUCAUGGACGACGUGCCUAGACUUGAAGAUGUUGUUUCAGAGUCGGGAGAAGGAGACCGUCAUUCAGACCAGACAGACAGUACGCCCCGCCUUCAACCCGUCACACCUGCUGACGCCAACGAUCCGAGCGACACCGCGUUUUCCCCCAGAUCCACGCUUCAGAGCGUGAUCAAUGGUGUAGGAGACUUGGAUCUGGACAAGGACAGGACGAGCGGCGUGAACCGGACUCCACCGAGUAGGCCGUGUGCUGCAGAGACUCCAUACCCAGACUGCCCUUACCUGCUGCUGGACGUGCGGGACAGAGACCUGUACCAUCAGUGCCACGUCAUCAGCGCACACAAUUAUCCCAUUGCAACUCUCUCCAGGACGAUGAAUCCUUACACCAAAGAAGUUCUCAAUUAUAGAAAUGUUCAGGGAAAGAUCAUCAUCUUGUACGACGAGGACGAGAGGAUGGCGAGCCAGGCGGCCACCACCAUGUGCGAGAGAGGCUUCGAGAAUCUCUUCAUGCUCUCUGGAGGUUUGAAGGUGAUAGCACAGAAGUUUCCGGAAGGAAUGACCACCGGCUCUUUUCCCGUCACCUGUCUUCCAUCUCCGAAGGGACCCUCGGGUCGGAAACAGGCCACGCUCCGCCAGACACCGCGGCCAGCCCAAAACAAAUGGCGUUUCACCUCUGAAGACCUCCACAACAUCCAGAACUAUCUGGACGAGGUGCUGAUACCCAGUGAGACCAGCAGUCGUCUGAGCAGCAGGAUGUCCAUCAGCAGUGCUAACUCUAAUGUAUCCAGUGCACGAAGCAGUCGACUCGGCUCGGGGAGUGCCAGGUCACAGAGCAGUCGGCCCUGGAAAUAAACUCUCAUCAUCAUCACCACUUUAUAACAGGAUACCUAUCCAGUGAUGGGCUCCUGAUGUCCCUAAUUUCUCCAUCUGGGGAUUAAUAAAGUAUUAUCUUACACUUCUA